GUAGUCCACCUCUACAGCAUGCAAAUUACCGAGCAACUCCAAUAUUUCGCAGAUUGGUUAACUACACAGAGAGCGCGGCGCAGCGCGAGAGCAGGGCACGGCACGCGCUGUCACUGUAUUUUUAUUUUAUUUUAAGUUGACCGUAGAAGCAUAAUUAGAAAAAAGAGAGAUGAAAGAAUAGCCCCGCUUUAAUGGCAACAAUGUUUUAACACUGUCGCCUCGAACCUGCAACUUAAUCCUAAUUGACUGUGGAGAGACUGGAAGGAGGAAGGCUGCGGGCUGCUCAUCAUCCCGGGACCGGAGUGAAACCUCACCGCAAAGGCUCCUGGUGUAUCGGAAUAAUUAAGAGUGUGUGUGUGAGUGUGUAUGAGGAACCGCAAAGGAAAAGGGAGAGGACUGAGGGAACCUGUGAAGUUUUCUAGUGUGUCAGCCUGUUUUAUAAGGAGCUUGGUGGACCGUAGAGAAACUGUUAGCCUGCGCGUCCCCCCUCUCCUCUUUUUAAAGGUGGUGGGUUACCCGCAUUAACUGAUGGACCAAGUACAGUGAAAUUUGGACUUAAACAUCGUCUUUCUUCAACAGUUUUGUCCGAUUUCUCAGGCCGAAAUGCCGCCCUGUGUCAUUUUCAUCGGCUUGUUUCUCGCUGCGGUCCAAUCCCAAGAUAUCCAUCCCUCAGAGGCAUCAUCCUCCAUUAGUGAGUCUUGUGACUCCUUGUGCUCCUGCGAGAGAAAAGACGGCAUCUUUCAUCUUAACUGCGAGCAGAGAAACAUCAGCAAAAUCUCCCAAAUCAAAGUCCCAGCAGGUGUGCCCUUCCACCUGAACCUUUACAAGAAUGACUUGGUUGAGCUCCGUGCUGAGGAAAUGGAAGGGCUUAAGAGUGCCCUUUCACUGCACAUCGGGGGUAAUAGUAUACAAGAGCUGGAGCCAGGGGUCUUUAGCACUCUCGGAUCGCUGAAAAAACUCCAUAUAAAUAGCAAUUUCCUCGUCACACUGAAAGAGGACACUUUUCAAGGCCUGGUGAAUUUGGAAUUUCUCCAAGCUGACACAAAUUUCAUACGGGUCAUCGAGCCAGGGGCCUUCAACAAACUGAUCCGCCUCAAGGUCCUCAUCCUCAAUGACAAUUCCAUCGAGUUUUUACCCAGCAACAUUUUCCGUUUUGUACCACUCACCCACCUGGACCUACGUGGCAACAAGCUCCAGACACUGCCCUAUGUCGGCUUUUUGGAGCAUAUCGGGCGCAUAAUGGAACUCCUCCUGGAAGACAAUGACUGGGUCUGUAACUGUGACAUUUUACAUUUAAAAAUCUGGAUGGAGAAUAUGAGAGCCCAAUCAUCAAUCAGCGAUGUGAUCUGCACCACACCACAUGACCUCAAGGGGUCCAUUCUGGCAAAGGUGAAGCGGGACAUCCUCUGUCCAUCCCACGCCAAUAUUCCCUUAGAGGAGCCGUCAAAAUCACUGGAUAUGGUUGUUACUCCCUCAUCCAAAGUAGCUCAGAUUCCCAAGUUGGUCAAUGCCAAGGAUGACGGCAGAAUCCCGACAGCAUCUCACAUUCCCAGCAGUCCUUGUGUGGAGCACUGUUCUUGUCACAAUCACCCCGUGGCUGGGUUUUUGAUGCAUUGUCAAGACCGAGGAAUUCAAAAGGUGUCAGAUAUUGGAAUACUUAAGGAAAGCCCAACUAAGCUCGUUAUGACGGGAAAUAUGAUUCAGAAACUUCUGAAGUACGACUUUGUCACAUAUGAUAGUUUAGAAUUGCUCAACUUGGCGAACAACAGAAUCGAUUACAUUGAUAAUGAAACUUUCCUCAGCUUGAGCAGCUUGAAAAAGCUCUACUUAAAUGGCAACAGAAUUGAAAAGCUGUUCUCUACCAUGUUUGUAGGACUGCACAACCUUGAAUACCUAUAUCUGGAAUACAACCUCAUCAAAGAGAUUGCUCCAGGCACAUUUAAUCCCCUGCCAAACCUGAAGCUGCUGUCAUUAAAUAACAACCUGCUCAGCUCUCUUCCAGCGCAGAUAUUUCGCAACGUGCCUCUCGCCAAAUUAAACCUGAGAAAAAACCUGCUUAUGCACCUGCCAGUGAGCAACGUGCUCGAUCAACUCGACUCGCUGGAGCAGAUUUAUUUAGAGGACAACCCCUGGGACUGCAGCUGUGACUUGCUCAGCCUCAAACAAUGGGUAGAGAAACUGAGAAAGGACACAGUGGUGGGCUCCAUUUUGUGUCACAUGCCAAAGAAAGUGAUGCAGACCGACCUGAGAAGCCUUCAUCAUGAGGUGCUUUGUCCUGGUUUAGGGACCUACCACCCAUUGCCCUCAAAUGAAGAGAGUGUGACAGCCUCCCUGGGGCCCAACAGCGAUGACAGGAGUCUCCUCAUCUCACUCACAGACACCAUCCCACUGUCUGUGCUCAUUUUAAGCCUUCUUGUUUUUGUCCUCAUGGUUAUAUUCUGCUCGGCUGGGCUGGUGGUGUUCGUCGUGCAUCGGCGGCGGCGGAGGGCGAAGAAAAAAGCAGCAGAGGAGCAGCCGCGAGAAAACACCAGCGGUAGCUCCCCCAUUCACUUGCAUUACAGCAUGUAUGGGCAGAAAACCACUCACCACACUCUGACACAGAGGACGGGGUCCGCCACUCUGUACGAGGACAGGUCGCACAGUCCCAUCGUGCAGAUCUGCCGCAACCCCACCUACUGCUCUCAGCACAAGGAGCACGACGCCGAUAUGGAUUAUAACCUCGACGAGCCCAGCUCCAAGCAUCACCUCUGCCGGAGCAUCAUGGAGAAGGAGAACACAUCGCCCCUCACGGGAAACCCCAGCUCAAAGUUCAGAUCCAUGCCCGGAGAGUGCCCCGCGGAGUUCGUCACUCUCAGCAACCCCAACUCCUUGUACAGGAACAUUCUGGAGAGGGAGAAGGAGCUGCAGCAGCUCGGAAUAACGGAAUACCUGAGGAAAAACAUGCCUCAGCUUCAGCCCACUGUAGACAUGCAGGUCCCAGGGCACCAGGAGGAGGUGAAACUAAUGGAGACGAUUAUGUACUCAAGACCGCACAAGGUCAUGCUUGAGCAAACAAAAAACGAGUACUUUGAACUCAAAGCUAACCUGCAUACUGAACCAGACUAUUUGGAAGUUCUGGAGCAUCAAACUGCAUUUAACUGAGCUUAUGAAGUUAUGAUAAAUAUACAUAUAUAUAUAUAUAUGUAUAUAUAUGAAAUGUUUGAUCUAAGUGCCUUGUCCUUUUUGCCCUCUUGUACUUUCCACAGUGUGAAAUAUAAAUAUAGAUAUAUGAUGGGCACAUCUCUUAAAUUGUAGCACAGAAUGUAAUUGGUUGACUCUUUUGUUACGUUUCAUCUGUUGACAGCCAUGUUAUGUAGCUGGUAAAAGGUGUCAUUAUUUAUGGCCAAAUGUAACUUAACCGCUUAAUCUCCACAGGACCACCGAGACGUCAUUUGAAAUGUAACAUCAUCUUCAAAGAUUCAGUUUGCUGUGGCCAAAACAAAACCCGAACCUAACCCUAGACGAGUGUGUGCUGUCUAGGGUUGAGUUCAGGAUUAGGGUUAAGGGGAACACACCAUUCACACACAGACUGUUAGAUGAAAACUACAGAGCAUCAGUUAAACAGCAUCAGCAUCUGCUUUCUGAAAAUACCCUAAACCCCGACCCUAAUACGAACCCUGUUGGAUGUUUAAGAGGUUAAAACUCACAGUCUGUUGAACAGACCUGUGUUGAAACCAACUUUUUUGGGGGUUUUUUAAUGAUUGAUUAAAUCUCUGCUGUGUUACUACAGCCAAAUGAAUCGAUCCACAUAGCACCCUCCCCAUCCCCCUCACGCUCCAACAUCCUGACGGAAUAAAGCAGAUGUUUGGGAAGAAGUGAGUGAAUUUCAAUCAUCACUUGACCCAGAAAUGCUGUUUAAUCAGUUUACCCUGACUCUGGGUAUGACCUGAUUACAUCCUCUGUCAAUCCAGCUGGAUUGCCGCAACCAGAAUGCUCAUUGUGCCGUAGAGUCAGCAAAUUGCCAACAUGUACAUAAAAAAAUAAAUAUUAAAAAAAAUACAGGGAUAGGAGUGCAGUUUGAAAGCUAUCCUUCUGUCAGUUAUUUGACACGACAUAGGAACUUUAUUUAUUUUUGUACAAGCUACUUCUUUAUUUCUUGAGUCAGUAAGUAGAGCACUUCAAGUAAAGUAUAUACACCACUGUAAUGUUGUAAAAAUGCAUUGCACUAAUCAAAUGCCAUAAGAUGGUGCAUGACAAUCAGAGUCCUGCUGAAAUUUUUUGUUUUGUUUUGGGUUUUUUUUAACCUUUUGUGGAAUAUCAUUGAUCUGUGUGUGUCUGAGUGUCUGUAUGUGAGACGUGUGCCACUAUUUUCUGUCUGACAACAGCAUUUGGGAACAUUGUUCGUUCCUCGUGCUCACAUUUAUUAACUUCCUGGAACGAAACAUUGCCCGAAAGCGAGUGAAGGUCCAGUUUUCCACAGACAGCCUGAUAGAAAACAGACUCCAGCCGACUUCUCUCUGUUUCCCAGCUCACGUUAUAAACAGCUGACGAGUUGGCGAGUGACAUGUGCAAUGUAGACAUUGUCGUUAUUCUGGAUUUAUACUAUUUGCUCUUCAUACUCUUGGAAACUCAACAUUUGGAACGGUUCAUGUAAGCACACACUCUGUAGCUUUUCUACUUAACUAGAGUUAAUUAUUUAUUCUGUAUAUUUUGUAUAUACUUAUGUUCCAUUAUAUCUAUUGUUUUUUUGUGUGCCUUCAGUGCUGUACAGACUAUAAACAGAACUUGUAAUUGAAAGAGGAAAUAAAGAAUUGCAGUAUA